CGCAGCCGCAGCAGCCCCGCCUCUGCUGCGUGGUUGUCGACUUCUCACCAUCUUAUUUCUCAGCUUGUGGCUGCCUUCUUUAGCUCCGCUAGUCGCCCCAGCCCCCAGGCACCAGGGAAAUUCUGUCAAGAUGUCUUCUAUGAUAUUAUCCAGAUUGUCUCUGUGGAUGCUGAUGGGAAAAAGUAUGACAAAGUUUCUCGAAUUGAAGCAAAGACAAGAGAUGGAGUGACAUAUAUGGUGCUAGAUAUAAACUCAGAGCUAUAUCCUGUUAAGACGAAAGAAGUUUAUAGGAUGGUGCGGUCAAAGACACUUGCUUUAGAUGGGUCAACAAACCACCCUCAGGGCCAGAUGAAAUCACUGGCAGACAAGUUCGAGUAUAUCAUGCAUGGGCUACUCUAUAAGGUUGCAGAGGAAUCUUCUAAAGUGGUGGUGUAUAUUUCUUCUGAAGGACUUCAACUGAAGCUCUGCAGUGCGCCCAAGAACAUGCACAAAUUUAAGCUUGAUCAAAG